GCUGUGAGCACGUGGUUUAAAGACGCCGCUCCUUUUUCCCGAGAGGCGUUGCGGGUUUUGCAGAGGUGAAAAUGGCGGGCAGGGCACCCGUUUCAGCUGGCAGUCGUCUGUUUGAGGGAUUUCGCAAAUGGUAUUACAAUGCACAAGGAUUCAACAAAUACGGAUUAAGGCGUGAUGAUAUACUAGAUGAAACUGAUGUUGUCAAAGAAGCAGUAAAGAGACUUCCGGAAGAUGUAUAUUAUGAGAGAAUAUUUCGCCUCAAGAGAGCAGCCCAGUUGAGUCUGACACAUGAAAUCCUUCCUAAAGAUCAGUGGACAAAAUAUGAAGAGGAUAAGCCUUAUCUUUGGCCACAUGUGGUGGAAGUCAUGCGUGAAAGACGUGAAAAAAAAGAAUUCAGAGAUAAAUAAUUUUCUGCCAUUUAUUUAAGCAAAUAUUUUCUUUAGAAUGUAAUUUGUUUGGGCAGAGAUUUUGAAUAUUUCGAAUGCUGAGCAAGAAUUCUUUGCUUAGUAAUACUUGGUCAUCCGGUUCAAAUAAACUUUACCAAACCUU